AUGACAAGGAUUGGAAGGUCUAAUUCGGAAGCUAAAAGAAGCCUCUUGAACGCAUUCGACCUCUUCACUAUCCGAAGGCAAUACGGCUGGUCUAGUCAAAGCAAAGAUUUCCAGCAUAUGAUUGCAAAAGUCGAACAUGAAGAUAAAUUCCUGCGCUUAGCGGUUAUGCAGUACACAGUAGAGAUGACACCACAAGAAGCAAAAAUGCUUUUAUCAAAGCCAUACGGUAGCUCCCAAAGCACUUGGGAACCUCAUGUAAGAACUAAACCGAGUGUACUGCAAGAAAUAAGGAAAAUGAGUCACAAGAGCAGUGCAAAACGGAUAAGCAGUGAAACUGAAAAGGAAGGUGGUGUUGUUUCAGUGGUUUCUCCUUCAGACAUUCCAAAAGAUAGGCAACAAGUUUACAAUCAACUUCGGAAAGUUGAAAGGGAGGAAAAAGGUUCGUAG